CGGAGCGCGGAGCCACCGGCCGCUGUCUCUGCCGAGCGCCCGGGAGCGCGGCCCGCAGCCUCGGAGCUCCGCCGUGCAGUCCCGUGGGGAAUCCGUAGCCAUCAGGAACGAUGAGUAACCCAUUUGCCCACCUUACUGAGCCUUUGGAUCCUGCAGAACCUGGAAAGAAAUUCUUCAAUUUGAAUAAAUUGGGAGAUCCAAGAUAUGUGCACUUACCAUUUUCUAUCCGGGUUCUUCUGGAGGCAGCCAUUCGAAAUUGUGAUCAAUUUUUGGUGAAGAAAAAUGACAUUGAAAAUAUCCUCAAUUGGAAUGUCAUGCAGCAUAAAAACAUCGAAGUGCCAUUUAAGCCUGCCCGUGUCAUUCUGCAGGAUUUUACGGGUGUACCAGCAGUAGUGGACUUUGCUGCAAUGCGUGAUGCUGUGAAAAAGUUAGGAGGAGAUCCAGAGAAAAUAAACCCCAUCUGUCCUGCUGAUCUAGUGAUUGAUCAUUCCAUUCAAGUGGAUUUCAACAGAAGGGCAGACAGUUUACAGAAGAACCAAGACCUAGAGUUCGAAAGAAAUAGAGAACGAUUCGAAUUUUUAAAGUGGGGCUCUCAGGCUUUCCACAACAUGCGGAUUAUUCCUCCUGGCUCAGGGAUCAUCCACCAAGUGAAUCUGGAGUAUUUGGCAAGAGUGGUGUUUGAUCAGGAUGGAUAUUAUUACCCAGAUAGCCUCGUGGGUACAGAUUCACACACGACCAUGAUCGAUGGCUUGGGUGUUCUCGGUUGGGGUGUGGGUGGCAUUGAAGCAGAGGCUGUUAUGCUGGGUCAACCAAUCAGCAUGGUCCUUCCCCAGGUGAUUGGCUACAAACUGGUGGGCAAUCCACAUCCCCUGGUUACCUCCACGGACAUUGUGCUCACCAUUACUAAGCAUCUCCGCCAGGUUGGGGUCGUGGGCAAAUUUGUGGAGUUCUUCGGGCCAGGAGUAGCCCAGUUGUCGAUUGCUGACCGAGCUACGAUCGCCAAUAUGUGCCCAGAAUAUGGAGCAACUGCUGCCUUUUUCCCAGUUGAUGACAUUAGUAUCAAGUAUCUGAUUCAGACUGGUCGCGAUGAAAAAAAAGUGAACAAUAUUAAAAAGUAUCUUCAAGCUGUGGGAAUGUUUCGGGAUUUCAGUGACCCCUCUCAAGACCCGGACUUUGCCCAGGUCGUGGAAUUAGAUCUAAAAACAGUGGUACCUUGCUGCAGUGGGCCCAAGAGACCUCAGGACAAAGUUGCUGUGUCGGAAAUGAAAAAGGACUUUGAGAAUUGCCUUGGAGCUAAGCAAGGCUUUAAAGGAUUCCAGGUUGCUCCCAACCAUCACAGCAACCGAAAGACUUUCAUCUAUAAUAACAGUGAAUUCACCCUUGCUCAUGGUUCAGUGGUGAUUGCUGCCAUUACUAGCUGCACAAACACCAGCAAUCCUUCCGUGAUGUUAGGGGCAGGGUUGCUGGCCAAGAAAGCCGUGGAGGCUGGCCUGAAUGUGAAACCAUACAUCAAAACCAGUCUGUCCCCUGGAAGCGGCGUGGUCACCUACUACCUUCGAGAGAGUGGAGUCAUGCCCUACUUGUCUCAGCUUGGGUUUGAUGUGGUGGGCUAUGGUUGCAUGACCUGCAUUGGCAAUAGUGGACCCUUACCGGAACCUGUGGUCGAGGCCAUCACACAGGGAGACCUUGUAGCAGUUGGAGUACUCUCUGGAAACAGAAAUUUUGAAGGUCGUGUGCACCCCAAUACCCGGGCCAACUAUUUAGCUUCCCCACCCUUAGUAAUCGCAUAUGCAAUUGCUGGCACCAUUCGGAUUGACUUUGAGAAAGAGCCCUUGGGUGUAAACGCAAAAGGACAACAAGUUUUUCUGAAAGAUAUCUGGCCGACAAGAGAUGAGAUCCAGGCGGUGGAGCGGCAAUAUGUCAUCCCCGGGAUGUUUAUGGAAGUCUAUCAGAAAAUAGAGACUGUGAAUGAAAGCUGGAAUGCCUUAGCUGCUCCAACAGAGAAGCUGUAUUCCUGGAAUCCCAAAUCUACCUACAUUAAAUCACCACCAUUUUUUGAAAAACUGACUUUGGAUCUUCAGCCUCCAAAAUCGAUAAUGGAUGCCUACGUGCUCUUAAAUUUGGGAGAUUCUGUAACAACAGACCACAUCUCUCCAGCUGGGAACAUUGCCAGAAACAGCCCUGCCGCUCGCUACUUAACCAACAAAGGCCUGACUCCACGAGAAUUCAACUCUUAUGGUUCCCGCCGAGGUAACGAUGCCAUCAUGGCAAGGGGGACAUUCGCCAACAUUCGCUUAUUAAACAAGUUUUUGAACAAGCAGGCACCACAAACUAUACAUCUGCCAUCUGGAGAAGUCCUUGACGUGUUUGACGCUGCGGAGAGGUACCAGCAGGCUGGCCUGCCCCUCAUUGUUCUGGCUGGCAAAGAAUACGGCUCAGGCAGUUCCCGAGACUGGGCUGCCAAGGGCCCCUUCCUCUUGGGUAUCAAAGCUGUCCUGGCAGAGAGUUAUGAGCGGAUUCACCGCAGCAACUUGGUUGGAAUGGGGGUGAUCCCACUCGAGUAUCUCCCAGGGGAGAAUGCGGACACCUUGGGACUCACAGGGCGAGAAAGAUACACUGUCAUCAUUCCAGAAAAUCUCACACCAAGGAUGAAAAUUCAGGUUAAGCUGGAUACCGGAAAGACUUUCCAGACUGUCAUGCGGUUUGACACCGAUGUGGAGCUCACAUACUUUCACAAUGGAGGCAUCCUUAACUACAUGAUCCGCAAGAUGGCCAAGUAGCUCUGCCCUUCACAGGAGUCCUGCAGUCCUCCAGCAUAGGGGAGCAGCGGCAGCAGGUGCUGCAGUUAUGGGGCCUUUUCUUCCAAGCUCCAAAUCAGCAAUUUCUACAUUCUCAAUUUUUGUUAAUCUUCUUAUCUUUUUCUAGACUCCAGAAGUUAGAGUGGUAGGGAAAUGUCAGACAUGCCAGUGAAAGAGCUCACUUGGAAAGUUACCAGGUAGAAUAUGUCAUUCUUUCACACUCUUUGUGGGUGUGAAAUCUUCUCAGAAAGUGUCACUGGAUUAUAUGGUUGUUCCUCUCUGUUGUCCUCAUGCAGAGACGCCAUUUCCUUGAGGUCAUUUCCUUUGCCUGCUGCACCAGUGUUAGCUUACGUGAUAGAUAGGAAAGUUUCCUCGAACUUCAGAUCAUAACCAGGAUGUGAUCCUUCUCCAGAUGCUUCUUGGCCAAGUGACACAUUGCAGCUGUUUUUAUUACAUCCCUUUGGUGAUAGCUCAUCAUUAAAGAUAUAGACAAUUUUCUUUUACAAUCUUUACAUUUUUCCCCCCAGAAAAAAAAUUCUCUUCAUUAAGAGGGGAACUUCUUUUGGGUGUUUUUGUUUUUGUUUUUGUUUUUUGAGAGAGACAUGGAGAUUCUAAUUGGAAUAAAAUUAAAUCUAUUUUCA